AUGUUUAAAGAAAGUAAGAGAAUUAUUUCAGCUGUACUAUUUGAAGCUGAUGAAAGUUUUACUUUUGAACAUUUACUUUGUCAAACAGAUAGUGAUUAUAUUUCUGAAAAGAUUGUUAAAGUUGAUGUUCAACCAAAGAGUAUGAAUACAUAG